GUAGAGAUAAACAACACACCUCUCUGCACAGCAUCAAUCACACAAGACAUCAAGCGGACAUUUCUGGCUUUAUUAUUCCUUUGAGAUUACCAAAGAUGGUGAGGAUGAGGGUGUUGAUCUUCUCUCUGGUUUUCCUGGCGUCUCUGGGCGUCUUCCAUUGUGCUCCUGAAACGUCCCUUCCUCCAGUAUUACCCAACACCCUCAAACGUCUGUCUCUGGAGGGAGAGAAGCUGGUGGAUCAGGAGGUCAGCAAAGCUCUGUAUGGAAUCAAACAAAUGAAGGAGGUGAUGGCCAGAAAUGAAGAGAAACAUGCAAACCUAAUGAAGUCCCUGAGGCACAGCGAGGAGAAGAAAAAGGGGGCAGCAGAGAUCACGCAGAGCAUAGAACAGAAGCUGAAUGAAGCAGCGCAACACUGUAACGAGUCUAUCAAGUCCUCGUGGCUGCAGUGUCUGCACUGUCUCAACGACACCUGCAAAACCUUCUACACCAACAACUGCCGUCGUGGAUUCACCACUUUCACUAACAAACUACAGACCUUCUUCCAGAGACUGAACUCUCAGUUUGAGCCUCGUGAUGCUCAGGAUGAGGUGGCUCUGAACCAGAGCGUUGAGACUCCUGACCUGCAGGUGGUGAGGAUCGAGGACUCCUUUAGCAGCCUUCUCUCUAAAGUGGGAGCGCUGGUAAAUCGCAGUGUGGUGCUGGUCUCUCACUUCCACCAUGAGCUAGACCAGGCCUUGCGUAGAGCCUUCAGCCCUGAGCUUCAGGACGACCGAGAGAGAGAGCUGCAGCUCAAGCCUAAAAACAAAGCUCUGGACUCUGCCUUUCUGGAGGGUGUGGGUCUGGACGAUGUGCUCGACUCCUUCUUUGACUUUGGCAGACGUGUGUUGGAUGAGUUUGGCGCUGUCGUUACACAGGCUUUCAGUGACAUUCAUGGGGCUGCGGAGAAGACUGGGGAAGGGAAGAAGCUCCUCCCUCAGUUUCUGCAGACCCGGAGGCUGUGCAGAGACAUGCGCAGACAGUCCUCGGGUUGCUGGCAGCUGCAGGACAAAUGUGAAGUCUGCCAGGGAGUCUUGCUUACCGAGCCAGAAUGCCCGCUUGUCAAAGAGCUGCACAUUGAGCUGGACGAGGCGUCUCAGCUGUGGGAAGUGUCCAAGCAGCAGUAUGAAGAGGUGCUGGGCAUCGUGCAGCAUCACACCGAAGACACCAUCAGCCUGAUCAGCAACAUGGCCUCUGACUUCGGCUGGGUGGCCGAACUCGCCAGUAACAACACCACUCCUGAGAACAUCUUCAACAUUGCCACGGUGGUGGCACAGACUGAAGAGGGCGCCAGCGGUCCAGCAACAGACUCUACAGUGGAAGUGAAUAUCCUCAACUCCCCGACUCUCACCCUGACCGUUCCUGCGGGUCUCAAGCUGCAGGAUCCUGCUUUCAUCCAGUAUGUGGCACAGGAGGCUCUGGGCAUCUACAAGCAGAUGGUCAGGCAUGAUGACGUGUAAUGAAACACAAGUCAUCAGUUUUCGGCCCAGCUUUAACCAGAACACUCUUGCAACAUCCCAUAUCCUAUAAUUUAAGCAUUGUGUUUUGCUUAGAAACCGAGAUACUACAAGCAUUCAUUAAUGUUAUCAUAUGGCAGGUUGCAAUUUAAAACUUGUCUUGUUAAUUCAUGUAAACAUUGUUAAACUAAUGUAACCGCAUAAUCUCGUUUAUUGCAUAAGCUUUUGCCUAGAUAAAUCAUUAAACACUAGGCCUCGGUGUGUUUAUCAAUCCUAUGAAACACUAUAAAUGUUUAUUUUAUUUAUGUUUAAUUAUGGUGCAUGUUUCAAUAGUAAAUAAAAUAUUAAUUAAAAACAGUAUUAAUAAUGAUAAAGUCACAUAGACAUAAAGUCUCAUUACCUUUAUUACUCUCAGAUGAAAAGCGUUGUUUCCACCAAGUCCUAGGUCAAAUUCAAUUGACCUAAAUGUUCCACUGAAGAAUUGACAUGAAAGCCACAAAGAGUUAAAAGCAUUACGUAAAACUUUAUUUUUGACUGUACAAAUUCUUCAGAUUAGUAAUCGUAACCAGUUUCACAACAAAUGUUCUCUUCUUUUCAUUAAAACUCUCACCUCACAAUCA